AAGAAGAGAGCGCCGAUGGUAUAAAACAGGUGGCAGGAGCAUGCGAGUCUGCCAGAGCCUCGGCUUCCACCAUUGCGGGACGCACCAUUGAGAGAAAAAGGGGAUCUGAUUGUCUUCAAUCUUCUGUCUUUGAAAUUUGCCUUUCUGUCUGCAAGAAGCCGCCAUGGCAGUGUGGACAGUCUAUUGGGCAUGCUUGCUUGGCGUGUUAAUGGCAAUGAGCACGGGUCAUACUUUGAGAAGAAUAAGCCUGAAGAAGAUGCCGUCCAUCAGGGAGACGCUGCGGGAUAUGGGCGUUUCUCUGGAGCAGGUGUUGACUGAGCUAACACAGAUGAACGCGCAAGACUUCAGCAAUGGAACUGCUCCCACUCCUCUCACCAACUAUUUGGAUACACAGUACUAUGGAGAAAUCAGCAUCGGUUCUCCAGCUCAGAUAUUCAACGUGGUGUUCGACACGGGCUCGGCUAAUCUGUGGAUCCCUUCGCAAAGCUGCUCCCCUUUCUCCACGGCCUGCUUUACUCACAACAGGUAUGACGCCUCCAUGUCUCGCACCUACAUGGAAAAUGGAACGGGAUUUUCCAUCCAGUACGCCUCGGGGAACGUCCGGGGAUUCCUUAGUGAGGAUGUGGUUGUGGUGGGUGGAAUCCCCGUGGUCCAGGUUUUUGCCGAAGCCACCUCCUUGUCCGCCAUGCCCUUCAUCUUUGCAAAGUUUGACGGCGUCCUGGGGAUGGGCUACCCCAACGUCGCCAUUGACGGGAUCACUCCAGUGUUUGACCGCAUCAUGUCUCAACAUGUCCUCAAGGAGGAGGUGUUCUCUGUUUACUACAGCAGGGAUCCCCAGCAUUCUCCUGGUGGAGAGCUGGUUCUAGGUGGCACCGACCCAAACUACUACACCGGAACCUUCAAUUAUAUGGAGACCAAGGAGAUGGGCACCUGGGAGGUUGUGAUGAAAGGUGUUUCUGUGGGAACAGAAAUGAUAUUUUGCGAAGAAGGCUGCACAGCUGUGAUCGACACGGGCUCCUCCUACAUCACAGGCCCGGCCUCGUCCGUUUUUGCACUGAUGAAAAGCAUCGGAGCCCAGCUGGAUGAAAGUGGGUACAAAGUCAACUGUGACAUUGUGAAGACGUUGCCAAGUAUUGCUUUUCAUCUCGGUGGCCUCGAGUACUCGCUGACGCAUGAGGAUUAUAUUCUAUGGCAAUCCCAGAUCGAGGGGGACGUCUGCAUUGUUACCUUCAGAGGCUUGGACGUGCCACCGCCUACGGGUCCCGUUUGGAUCCUGGGAGCCAACUUCAUCGCCCGCUACUACACCGAAUUUGAUCGUCGCAGUAAUCGGAUCGGUUUUGCUGUAGCCGUCUGACAAGAUGAUUAAGGACCGCUAUUUGCGACUUCCUGCUAGCGUCGGCACGUCCUCCACAUAUAGCCUGUCGAGGGACCGAUUGUGCUUUGCUUUUUUGUUGCACUCAACACCUUCUAUUUAUGAAGCCUUUGUAAGAAGACAUAUCUGUUUGUCUCGCCUGUAGAUGUUAAACUGAAAUAAAGUUG